ACCUUUGCAGCGCAGGGUAACACUUUUUUGUACAAAAAAAGCGCAGUGUGUGUUGUUUACUAUGUUUAUUAUGCGUUUGUCGGACUGCAAAGGCAAUUAAUUAAGUGUGCGCCGCGCCCGGCAUGUAAGCAAGCGCCAGGCUUCCAAAUGGGCGGCCAAACGAACGCGGGGCGUGCAGAUCGCCCCCCUCCACCGCCUGCGUCGCUGCCCCUCCCGCUGCUGCUGUUGUUGUUGUUCCUGGCACAGACGCCGACCGCGACGCCGACGUCGGCCGCGACGGCGGCAGAGGAGCAGUUGAGCCCGGAAACUGGAGGUGUCCCGCAGCCGGAGUCGGCCUUGCCCGCGGGAGCGUCGCCCUCCUGCCCCCGCAAGUGCAGCUGCCGGAACAUAGCCGAGAACAUACACAGCCUGAAGGUGCGCUGCGACGAGCAGCAGAUCACCAGCUGGCGGGAGCUGGAGUUCGGCGAGGAUGUGGUGGCCAACGUGGUCAGCAUCAAUGCCAGCAAGAACUCCAUUGCCCAGAUCACCGCCAAGGACUUCAAGAACUUCACGGAGCUCAAGCGCUUGGACCUGUCCUUCAAUCUGCUCACCGAACUGGACAAGGAGACCUUCAACGACAGCCUGGCCCAUCUGGACAAGCUGAAGCUGGCGGGCAACGCCAUCAGCCACAUCUACGAGGGCACCUUCGACCAAAUGCCCAAGCUCAGGGUGCUCGAUCUGUCUGGAAAUCCCUUGGCCUGCGACUGCGGCUUGAUCUGGUUGAUCGCCUGGUCGAGCAGCCACGAAGUGCGCCUCCAGCCGCCGCCGAAAUGCGAGUCACCCAGCAACUUUCGUGGCAUGCCGCUGAAGAAACUGCGCGUGGGCAAGGACUUCCAUUGCGAGACCAUGCUGCAGCCGUUGCUCGAGCUGGUUCCCAGCCGGAACCAGGUGGCCUUCGAGGGCGAUGAGCUGCAGCUGAAGUGCUUCGCGCCGCGCGUGGCCAUCGGAGUGCCCAGGGAGAGCGAGGAUCUGCCCACCAAGGCCUAUGUGUUCUGGGGCUGGUCGGAGAAGAUACGGGCCAAGAACUCCACCGAGGACAUCGUCUACCAGGAUCCCAUCAAGGUGUUCGGCGACGUGAACCUGGAGACGGGCCACUCCACGGACUCGGGCAUCCUGCAGUCGGUGCUGCGCAUCGCCAGCCUCACCCAGAAUCACACGGGCAUGUGGGACUGCACGCUGCGCAGCCAGCAGGCGAAUCUCUCGCAGGCCAUCGUCCUGCAUGUGGUGGCCAAGGGCACGCUGUACUGUGAGGCCCGCGUGGUGCACACGAACAAGGGCACCUACCACUGGCCGCGGACGAUGCGCGGCGAGACCGUGCUGCAGGAGUGCGUGGAGGAGCCCAGCGAUGCCACCCAGGCCCGGCGAGCCUCGCACGAGUGCGGACCCUCCGGGGAGUGGCUGAAUCUGGAUACGGAGAGCUGUGUCUACGUCAGUGAGACAACACGCAUCCUGGAGCAGUUUGCCAAGGUGAAUCUCACGCUGACGAAGGGUCAGAACGCCCUGGAGAUCGCCCGGCGCUUGCACAACUUUACGCAGGCGCAGACCCAACUGAAUCGCAUACGCGACCCCAUGGACCUGGAGUACAUAGCUCGCACCUUGGUCAAGUACUUGGACCAGCUGGAGCAGCCGCAGCAGCAGCAGGAGAUCAGUCACCUGCUGAUGGACAUCGUUUCGCAGCUGCUCAACCUGCCGGCGCACCUCUUCAGAGCCGCACAGUCCGAGCAGGGCACUGGCCAGCGGCUGCUGCACGUUGUGGAGUCGUCGGCCAUGCGGCUGGCCCUGGCUAGCACCCAGGCGGAACCGCUGCCCGCUGAGAUGGUACCGUGGCGCGGAUCGCUGGCCCAGCAGCGCAACCUCUUCGUGGAGUUCUUCAACAUCAGUCUGGACGCCUUUGUCAGCCUGUCCUGCGUGUGGCUGGAGGAGAGUCCGAGGGGCUUCCAGUGCAACAGUGCCAACGACACGAUACCCAUGUACGAGCACGGCGACAUCGAUGCUGCCAUCCAGCUGCCCUACAGCGUGAUUGGCAACGGCUCGGCCAGCUCACCCGUUGCCUCGCCCAUCCGCAGUCUCCGCCUGAUGAUCUCGCUGCACAGGAACGGCAAGCUGCUGCCCAAUCUGCGCGGAAGCCACAACGAAUCCUUGUCCUCCGCCAUCAUUGGCAUUCUUACGUACAGCAGCGAAGGGGAAGCGCUUCAGUUUCGAGCCGAAAACGAGUUGGAUCCGGAGGAGGACGUGUACCAGCAAAGGGUGACCGUGAUGCUGCGGGCCCACCCGUAUCACAAUCCCCUGAGUGCGCCCCUGCCCGCCUGGUGGGAUGCGGAGGAGCAGCGCUGGGAGCCGAGCGUUUGCCAGCAGCACUACCAGCACCGCACCCUGGUCAUGUUCAGCUGCAGUCGCACGGGCUACUACGGCCUACUGCAGAGGAGUCGCUAUCUGAACGACUUCCGGAGCGAGGAGUCGGGCGCCCGGUUCCGGCAUCCACCGGCCGCGGUCUACGCCGGCUGCGGCCUGCUCUUCGCCUGCUGCGCCUUCAAUGCGGUGACCUUUGCCGUCUUCGGCCGAGCUGUGCGCAUCAACCGGGUGCAGCGGCAUGCUCUGGUCAACACCUGGUUGGCCCUGGGUGCCCUGGCUCUGGCCUUCUCGCUGGGAAUCUAUCAAACCGCCAGCCAGCCGCAGUGCCGCCUGCUGGGCCUGCUGAUGCACUACCUCGGCCUGUGCGUGCUGCUGUGGGUGUGCGUGAGCCUGAGCAGCAUGUACAAGCGGCUGACGAAGACGACCGCCUCGGGCCAGGGUCAGUGCCCAGGCCAGGACAUGGAGCCGCAGCGGGAGCGCGAGCGGAAGCCCAUACUGGGCAUCUACCUGGUGGGCUGGGGCAUCGCCCUGCUCAUCUGCGGCAUCAGCAGUGCUGUGAAUCUGGCCGAAUAUGCCACCUACGACUUUUGCUUCCUGCACAGUGCCACCACGCUGAACGCUCUGCUUGUGCCAGCCGUCAUCCUCGUGAUCUUCUGCGGCAUUCUGGCGCUGUGCAUUUACUACCAACUCAGUCAGCAGGCGGUGAAUGUGCUGCAACUGCAGAUGCAGCAGCAGCAGCAUCGCCAGUACUCGGACAACAACACGCAGGCCACGGAGCACAUCGAUCUGGAUUGGCUGGACGCGAAUGGCAGUGCCACCACAGCGGCGGUGGGAGGCGGCUCCGGCAACCACGGCGGUCGCAAGGAGCAGGAUCACAUGCAGGAGCAGUACAGCACGCUAAGCAACCCGCUGAGCAGCAUUGUGGACGACUUCGAGCGCUCGAAUCUGUCCCAUCUGCGUGGCCACUUCAUUUUUCUGGUCCUGUACGCCGGCGCCUGGCUAUCCGCCGCCGCCUACGUGAAUGGCGGGCAGGAGCUCUACGUCAUCUCCUUCGCCGGCUGCUGCUCGUGCCUAGGCAUUUUCCUGCUGAUUUUCUACAACCUGAGCCGGAACGAUGCCCGUCAGGCCUGGUCGCAGGGCAGAGACGGGCGCAGCAGACCCGCCAAGCUGGUGACCUACAACAAUGGCAGCCAGGCGAGGAGCGCGCACCCGUCGGGCAUGAUGCCCGGCCCCGGAACGGCCAUGAUCAGCAACAGCAUUGUGGCCUACAAGGCGAAUCCCGGACCGGGCAGCUUGUACGAGGCCAACAACUCGGCGGGCUCACGCUCGAAUAGCCAGUGCUCGAGGAGCAUGCGCAGCCAGACGAGAAGCCAGACGCGGAGCCAGCAGGAGCAGCUGCUUCAGGCCAACGGCGCCGGUGGCGUUACCAUAAUCAACAACACCAGCGGACCGCAGGGAGCCGGCGGCGGUGGGGCAGCGGCCGGCGGCGUAUCUGGCCCGGGUGGGGGAGGAACAGUGCCGCCCCACAGCCUGAAUGCCCUGCUCCAUGGCUCAAGUCACGACCUCAUACCCUCGGCGGAGAUCUUCUACAAUCCCAAUCAGAUCAACGUGGCCCGAAAGUUCUUCAAGAAGCAGAAGCGCCUGGCCAAGCGGAACAACUUCGAGCUGCAGCGCCAGACGAUGCCGCAGAUGCAACUCCAGAUGCAGAUGCAAAUGCAGCUGCACAGCCAGCACAGCCUGAGCGAUGCCAGCUCGGAGCAGCUGUACAGCAGGCACCACAACGCCAUGACUCUGCUGGCGGGCGGCAGCAAGAUAAACAACACCAAUCUGCAUUACAAGAACCAGGGCUCGCCCAUGGCAGGAGCACCCAAGGAACACGGAAUGGCCAUGAGUUCCGGCGGCGAGUCCAUGCAGUUCAAGCGCUUUGUGCCGGCCAGCGCCUCUUCGGCGUCCAAGAUCAUGCAGGCCAACAUCUACACCAACAUCCCGGAGACGCUGACGCCCCAGCAUGAGGUGAUCAAGCUGAGGGCCAACGGACGCACCAGGACACCUUCCCUGCUGGACGAAACGCUGCACGAGCAGGAUGACGAUGAGGAGGAGGAGGAGGAGCACGCCCAGGCGGCCGCAACGGUCGAGGAGCCCGAGCCCGAACUCGAGGAGGAAGAUGCCAGUUCCCUGGACGAACACGCUCCCUUGUACGCCAACACCUUGCCACCGGCCAGCGGGAUGAGCAGCCUGUUCCGCAACCGAGGAGCCUCCUCCCAUCAGCCCGUCAGCUCCACGCCCGUCAAGCAGCCCAGCCUGGAGGCCAUGAACAGUCUGGGCCUGCCGGAGGUCAGCCUGGAAGAGCCGCUGCUGCAGAAGCACGAGAUAUAUGUGUCCAACUCGCUGCAGGUGACCACCAGCAACAGCAUCCAACUGGACGAUGACUUUCCCAGUGUCCUCAUCCGCUUCAGCCAGCAGCAGCAGUCCAAGUCGCUGAAUAACAUCAGCGAGAUGCUGGCUGGCGGUGGCGCGAACUCGCCCGGAUUGGACAACCUGGGCGAGCAGGAAGAGUCCAGCCAGCUGUCCGUCAACGAGGCCAGCACGCUGGAGGAGCAGCAGCUGCGCCAGGUGUACUCCUGCUCCAGCAGCAAUCUCAGCCAGCUGAAGGCUCACCAUCCGGCCACGUCGGUGGACACGGAGGACGAUGGCCGCCUGCUGUCCGGCAGUCCGACGAACGAGAGCGAUCUGAACUACCAGAACUCGGAGAUCAGCAUCCGAAGCCAUGGCCUCUAUGCUCCCCAGGCGGACAACGAUCUGAAUUUGACGCUCACGGACGACUUCCGCUGCUAUCAGUCCUCAAACGCCAGCGAUGCCGAUGUGGAUGUACUGAACGAGUUCGACGACGAGUUUGUGGCCGCCACGGGUGGUGGCGAGCGGGCGGCGGGAGAUCCCGAACAGGACCACCACCACGACCACGACCAGGACACCUCCAUCGAUGAGCUGUACGAGGCCAUCAAGUGCCGGAGCCCGCUGAGGAGCAAGCAGGAGGCCGUCGAGCGCUUCGAAAGAGAAAGAGAGCGCGAGCGAGAGAAGGAGACGGAAGCCAAGGCGCUGAGCAACUCCCACAACGAGAAUCUGAACGAGACGAUGGAGGACGACAGCAGCCAGAGCAGCGUGAUCUCGUACAUCGAUCCCAGGGCAGCCAACGAGCCGCGCCCCUUCCCCAGCUAGCUCAACCCACGCGGCCCGCCCCUAGCCAGAUGUAUAUAGGAUAUAUACACCCGAACUCCCACCUCCGCCGCUCGGCCGCCCCGCUUGGUCACGUGCCAUCGCCAAAGUAUUCCCGUACCACGUCUUGUACUCAACCCACUGACACUCGGCGACGCAUAUCCCGAGUGCUUAGAUCCUAAGUUCGCCCACUCAAAACGCAGCCAACUGAACUUGUAAUUAUAGUAAGGCCCCCCUAUUUAUUACGACUAGUAUUACUCCACUAAACGCACCCAGUUUCGCAUUCACCGGAGAGAAAACUCAUCUGCACUUCAUCACAGCGCCUGGAAAUCACCAGACCCCAACCCACCCGAGUCCUACACACAUUUAACAAGUUUUAAAUUCUGACAAAGCAAAAUGCAUUUAAAUGUAGGCUAAGUUUAUAUUUAGAUAUAAAUAAAUGAAAUGUUCACUUAA